UGGCUGCCUCUGUCGGCGCGCAGUUGUCCAUUAGUAAGUCGUUCCUGUUGGGCCUAUAAAGCCGUCUAACCGAGCUCGUGGGCGCCUAGUGACGGCGGCGCGGCCAAAAAGGCGCCGGUUGUUGAUAGGAUGGCGGAGAGUGUUAGUGAGCAGCAACAGGAGGAGGAGGAGGAGGAAGGGGGAGCCUGCGCGUCUUCUGGCGCCUGUUCUGCCUUGAGCGAAGCGAAAAGCGCACCUCGUCACGCGAGGGGUCGCCAUCUCGUCCCUGUCAGCGCAGAAGAGGACAGCGGGGAAGAGGAGGCCGGGCCGUUGCCGGUGCAGUUCCCGUCUCACUUGGGAGCCCUGAACGGCAGGGAAAAGGUGGUGUUAUACUGCGACGACCUCCUAAAGAACUGCAAGGCAGAAGACGCCAAUGAGGCCAUUAGUAAAUAUCUUUUGGAAAAGUUGAAGAUGAAGGAAAAAUGGCUUGGAGUCUGGAAGACCAAUCCAGAACUUUUUUUUGUUAGUUCUGAAGAAAUUCCCAUACCAUAUGUUGGUGUCCUUGUUGAGGUUACUUGCAAAUUGCCCCAGAAUUCGUCUGCAAACUUCAAAGUUUCUGUAUCUGUAUCUGAACCCUUUUCCUCUAAUAUUGCAAAUAUUCCAAGACAAUUAGUUGAUGAAGUUCUGGAGGAAAUGAAUCAUUGUGUGCCUCUUUUGGAAGUGUAUCCAGUAGAAGGACAAGACAAUGUAGUGUAUGAUAUAGCCAAGACUUUGGAAAUUGUGAGGUUUUUCUAUGACUUCCUUUGGAGAGAUUGGGAUGAUGAUGAAAACAGUGAGACCUAUGCUGCAUUGAUAGAAGAGAGAAUUAAGAUUUGGUGUGAUAUUCAGAAUGGGAUUAUCCCUGCUCCGAUUGCUCAUCGUUUUAGAAGAAAUCUUGAAAAGUACAAAAGGAUGCAUUUGGAAUUGAUUCAUUACCAAAGUAAUAUUAAGGAAGAACCCACAGCAGAAGAAGCUGUUGAAUGUUGGAAAAAAUAUUAUGAACUGAUAAUGCUAUGUGGAUUGUUGAAAAUAUGGGAAGAUUUACGCUUAAGGGCUCAUGGACCUCUGACCCCAAGGAUUUUGAAACGUAGGAAAGGCUACAGAGAUUUUGGAAAAACUGUAACUUACAUUGUUGCAAAAACAGCAACAGCAGAAAUGGUCCAGGUUAAAGAAUUAGCCUCAGACACACUUCUUCAACAGCAUGAUAACUUAAACUUGGCUUUGGACAGCUGUUACAGUGGAGAUAAUGUGCUUAUUUUUCCAGGAGAAUAUAAAGCAGCAAAUCUUUCCAUGUUAACUGAAGAUAUUAUUAUUAAAGGUGUUGGAAGACCAGAGGAAAUUGUGAUUGUUUCAGACCCUGCCCAUGAGAGUUUUGUAGUGUCCAGGGCUCAAAACAUAAAAUUAAUUAAUAUUACUUUGCUACAGCAAGGGACUGUUGAUGGUAUUAUAGUAGUUGAGUCUGGACACACAGUUUUGGAGAACUGUGUACUGAAGUGUGAAGGAACUGGCAUCUGUGUACUUGUUGGGGCUUCUCUGACAAUAAUAAACAGUGAGAUUACUGGAGCUCAGGGGGCCGGUGUUGAGUUAUACCCAGGAAGCACAGCUACUUUGGAGGGUAACAAAAUUCAUCACUGCAAUAACUUCAGAACCAGUGACUCCUCACGAGGUAGUUUUGGUGGAAUUAAUAUUAAGGUUCUUCCUGCUCCUAAAUUGAGGAUGAAGAACAAUCAUAUUUACAGUAACAAUGGUUAUGGAGUGACUAUUAUUAAGCCUUCUGAUCAGCUGUGUGCUUCAACUGAAGGAACAGUGGAAUGUGCUGCUGCGGGAGAUGGAGAAGAUUCCAUUUCCAAACUAAUGCAGGAACUGAGCCUUGAGAUAAGCACAAACAUAGUAGAAGACAACACUAAAGGCAUCAGCAUAGUUAACUGAAGCUGUAGGUUUCAUAUAGUUUUAACCACUUGCAAUGGUACAAGGGGAAUGUUUGCUUUAUUAAAAAACAUUACUAAGCGUUGGUAUUAUGAAUACUAUUAAAAUCUGGAAUAGAACUGUCAGUACCAUUUCUGAGGGAAGAGAAAGCUCUUCAUAGCUUGUGAUGAAUAGAACAUUUAAGCUGAAUUUCCAUUUAACAGCCUUCUAUACCAAAACCCACAACUAUAAUUGGUAGCCUCAAAGGGUUGUAUUUUGAACUAUAAUUUGAAUUCUAUGCUUGCUAUUCCAACUCAGGAAUUUUUUUUUUAAACCCAGUAUAGUAGCUAUUGUUUGGGGAAGUAACCCCCUAGGUUGCUUCCUGAAAAAUAGUUAACUGCUGAUUUAUCAAUACAAGGUUGUCUUGUCAAGUUAACCGUUACUGCAGUAUGGAUAGCAGUAAAGUAGGAUAUUUUGAAUACCAGUCCCCAUUACAUAGAAGUGAACUUCUGGUUGGUAACGGAUGGGAGUCAGAGCACAAUAUCUUUCAGGAGCUAAAGCUAAUCUUGCCUUGCCAAAAUUGAUUAUGUGAGAAAUAAGGAAUGCCAGACUUCAAAUGGUGUUAGUCCUAUUUAAUUCAACAUCAAAGGUUAACUGUCACUUGUCAGUUUUUUAUGGCCCUUUUUAUUAUCCUAUUCCACAUCCAGUGUAAUUGCACCUCAUAUAUACAUAUAAUAUGCGUGCAUAUGCAGAGAGAGAGAGAGAGAGUGUUGCUAUGGCUUGUCCCACUUGCGAUCCUUCAAUUUUAAUCACUUGGCCCAUGUUAACUAGCUGCUGCAGCCCUUCACAUUGAUUUUCAGCUUUUUUUUUGCAUUCAGCAGACACUUCUGGAACAAUUCUUCCACUGAACAUUAUUUGCUAAAUCAUGUGAUUGACAGGUGCAAACUAGCAAUACAAAGUAAGUUUUGACAUUACUUCAAUAGAGGAAGCUGCAAUUUAGUUCUAGUCAGCUUUAUGUCAAUAUUAUAUUAUUUUAUAGUGAUCAUUUAAAAAUAUGAAUGCCAGUAGGAAGCUUUUUUAAAAAAAACUUCAGCAGAUCAAAUAAGUUUGCAGCAAAUAUACAGUAACCAAGUGCUUUUGAAGGGGAAGAAUGAUCAAAAUUAAAUGGAUUACACUCAGCAGAUGCCUUAGGGACAUAAUUUAUAUUUAUUUUUUAACUGGGAAGGGACUAGAACUAGUAAUUACAUUCUAAAAAUACCCCUUGCUAGUGGCCAUCCAAUUUCAC